AUGUUUAGAAUUCUUGAUUUCAAAAACUGCAGGCUAACCGGCCGGAGACAUUUUUAUUCUCAUUUUCGGUAUGGCUUGGGUUCCUUCUUUGAUACACGAUUCAGAGAAAGGUUUUGUUCUAAGACCAAUAUGGAACAGAAGAGGUACAGCUCUGAAACUUCGAAUGUAAAGUGCAAUGAACAAUCUGAACGGGCAAUUUAUCCUUUAGAUGCAUUACGACAAGACAUUUCAAAAGUACUGAGUAAUAUAUCCGGAAUAGAUCACUCGCUAAUACUCAAUGCACUUGAGUCAACGAAUAAUAUGAAUAAGGGUGAUUUGAUACUACCUCUCCCGAAGAUAGACGUAGCUGAUCCUGUGGCCGUUGCUAAACGAUGGGCCACUGAACUAAUCGCUUGUGGAAGCUUGGGUGAAGUUUGUGCAAGAGGGCCCUUUCUUCAGUUCUCCUUCGACCAAAAGUACUUGCUGCAAUCUACAGUACCAAGUAUAUUACUUCAAAAGAGAAAAUACGGCCAGGAAAGGCCUCGUUACCAGAAAAAGGUUGUAGUAGAAUUUUCAUCACCAAAUAUUGCUAAACCAUUCCAUGCAGGUCACUUGAGAUCAACUAUAAUAGGUGGUUUCCUCUCAAACUUAUAUGAGGCAAUGGGGUGGUCCGUCACUCGUAUAAACUAUUUAGGUGAUUGGGGUCGGCAAUUUGGCCUAUUGGCCGUGGGAUUUGAGAGAUACGGUAACGAAAAACAGCUACAGAAGCAACCAAUUCAACAUUUGUUCGAAGUAUAUGUUAAAAUCAACAAGGACUUGGCGAAGGAAGAGAAUAACGGGACUUCUCAAUCUGGAAUUGGUGGUGAAGCUCGUAAUUUCUUCAAAAAGCUAGAAAAUGGAGAUGAGGAUGCUACAAGUACAUGGAAUAGAUUUCGCUCGUUAUCUAUUCACCACUACGUCCAAACCUAUUCACGGUUGAACAUUAACUUCGAUAUAUUUUCCGGUGAAUCACAAGUACCUAAAAAAUCCAUGGAUGAAGCAUUGAACAUAUUUUACCGGAAUAAUUUUGUUGAAGAAAAGGAUGGAGCUCUUGUCAUCGACUUAACCCAAUGGUCGAAAAGUCUAGGUAAAGUUGUGGUGCGGAAAUCAGACGGGACUACUUUGUACUUGACAAGAGACGUUGGCGCAGCCAUGGAACGCAAAAAAAAUCUGAAAUUUGAUGAAAUGGUAUACGUGAUUUCUUCACAGCAAGACUUAUAUAUGUCCCAACUCUUCAUGAUACUGCAGAAAAUGAACUUUGAAUGGGCAAAGGAUUUAAAGCAUGUAAAUUUUGGUAUGGUACAAGGCAUGUCAACAAGAAAAGGAAACGUAGUUUUUUUGGAUACCAUUUUAGAUGAGGCAAGGGAUAAAGCCCUUCAAAUUAUGAAGAAUAACAAAAUGAAAAUAUCUCAAGUGAAUGAUCCACAGCGGGUUGCUGACUUGAUCGGUAUAUCUGCCAUAAUUAUUCAAGAUAUGAAGUCAAAACGCAUCAAUAAUUACGAAUUCAAUUGGAGCAGAAUGUUAUCUUUCGAAGGUGAUACGGGGCCGUACUUGCAAUACACACAUUCCAGACUUAGAUCUUUAGAAAGGAGCUCCAGCAACUUUACGACUGAUAUGCUGGUGCAUGCAGAUUUUUCAAAAUUAAAUGAGCCACCGCUAGUUGAGCUCGUAAGGCUGCUCGCACAGUAUCCGGAUAUUCUCAGAAGAGCAUUCAAAACGCAAGAGCCUGCCACGAUUGUGACUUAUCUGUUCAAACUUUGUCAUCAGAUCUCUUCAUGCUACAAAAAAGUAUGGAUUGCCGGAAAAACUUCAGACAUUGCUAUACCACGACUCGCCAUAUAUUCGGCAAGCAGACAAGUACUGCACAAUGCAAUGACACUGUUAGGGCUAAUACCAGUCGAUAGGAUGUAA